UUUAAUUGCGGAGUAAAAUACAAAUACGAUGAAAAUCAGGAGGUUUGUAAAGCAUUGGGUUGGAAAAGCUGGUUGGUUGUAAUUUGCUCCGUUUCUGUACUUUUAUUUUGUACGUUAACAACUUUCAACUUUAUAAAUAACAACAUUAUUCAAACCCCAAUGUAUUUUUAUGAAGUUGACGAUUUAUAUUCGAUUAAUAAGCAGGUGAAAUCCAUAGAAAAGAAAUAUUCCCAGCAGAUUCAUUUCAAACCUGUUCAAGACAAGCUUUCUUCUUUAACUAAUCAACUGUACAUGACAAAAAUUUCUUUACAAGAUGAUUCGCUGGAAAAUUCUAAAACAUUCGAUACGCAAAUGGCGAAAAAUUCAACAACUACUACACCAUCAUCGCAUUGGACUACAUCGUUAAACACCAUGAGCAGUCAAAAUUUGGGACCAAGUGUUAGCAGAAGCAAGAAAGUUAACUGGCAUCAAAGCAUUAAUGGAAAAAUGCAGCCUGGCACAAGUUUGUCCCGGGAACUGAAGCAGAAAUUCACUUCUUCUGGUGAAGUAACCGAUGAUAGAUAUGGAAUUAAAGUUACAUAUUACGAUACGUAA